AUGUCAUACUCGCUUCAUCCCGCUAUCGAUAACGGCAUCAAGGCCGGUCAGUCUGACUUCCCUGGAGGCAAGCUCACAUGCCACUGUAGUAGUGACAAGGUGGAGAUCACCAUAGAGGGCAACGUUCUCCAUAACCAUGCUUGCGGAUGCUCGAAAUGCUGGAAACCGGCCAAUGCCCUCUUUUCAAUCGUUGGUGUCACCCCGAAGGACAACCUGAAGGUGACUGCCAACGAGUCCAAGCUGCAGAUCGUUGAUGAGAGCGCUGCUAUUCAACGUCAUGCAUGCUCCAAGUGCGGUGUUCACUUGUUUGGCCGCAUCGUUCAAGAUCAUCCCUUCAAAGGUCUGGAUUUCGUCCAUACCGAACUCAGCGACAAAGCUGGCUGGCAAGAGCCCCAAUUCGCUGCCUUCGUCAGCUCCAUCAUUGAGCAGGGAUUCCCUCCGGACAAGGCUUCUGAGGUCCGAGACCGAUUUCACAAGCUAGGCCUUGAAACGUAUGACGCACUGAGCCCGCCGUUGAUGGACGCCAUUGCGACUUACAAUGCGAAGAAGUCUGGCAAGCUCCCGGCUUAG